AAGUCGAAUCCAUAGCCAUAAUUAGUAGUAGACCCCAAAAAUCUCUUUAAAAAAUAUUAAACUUUCUUGUAGUGUCAAUUUCCUAUAAAUUUCCCCACACGAUUCCAAUGGAUUCGGUUCGAUCCAAAGACAUACAAAAAGACCGAUCCAUGGAUCGCUCGACCUCCUCCGGCGACGACAAGCUCUUCGUCGAGCAUUGUAAGGGCGUUAACGGCCUCGAGAGAGUCAUUUUGCGCGAGGUCCGUGGCUCAUCUGUUGAGGUAUAUCUCUACGGAGGACAAGUAACAUCUUGGAAGAAUGAAUAUGGAGAAGAAUUGCUUUUUGUUAGUAGCAAGGCUACUUUUAAACUUCCAAAGGCUAUUCGUGGAGGUAUUCCAAUCUGCUUUCCUCAAUUUGGAAGUCAUGGUUCUCUAGAACAACAUGGAUUUGCAAGGAACAGGAUGUGGAGCAUUGAUCAUGAUCCCCCGCCAUUUCCAACAAAUACUUCCAACAGGGCCUUCAUUGAUUUAAUCCUUAAGCACUCUGAAGAAGAUGCAAAGAUCUGGCCUCACAGAUAUGAGUUUCGCCUGAGGAUAACCCUUGGACCUGGAGGAGAUUUGAUGUUGACUUCUCGCAUUCGAAAUACAAACACUGAUGGAAAAUCAUUUGCGUUUACAUUUGCCUAUCACACCUAUUUUGCUGUUUCAGAUAUCAGUGAAGUGCGGGUAGAAGGAUUAGAGACACUGGAUUAUCUGGACAACUUGAAGGGUAAAGAGCGAUUUACUGAACAAGGGGAUGCAAUAACAUUUGAAUCAGAAGUAGACAAGAUAUAUCUGAGUACACCUACAAAAAUUGCUAUUCUGGACCAUGAGAGGAAGCGUACUUUUGUGUUGCGGAAAGAUGGACUUCCAGAUGCUGUGGUCUGGAAUCCAUGGGAUAAGAAAGCAAAGGCAAUGACUGACUUUGGUGAUGAAGAGUACAAACAUAUGCUGUGUGUAGAAGCCGCAUGUGUGGAAAAGCCAAUUGUGCUGAAACCUGGUGAAGAGUGGAGAGGAAGACAGGAGAUCUCUACUGUUCCUUCGAGCUACUGUAGUGGACAACUCGAUCCAAAAAAAGUAUUCCAAAGUGAUUAAAUUAUGGGGUUCUUAGUGGCGCGUUCCACCUACAGGUACUUGUUUGGCAUCAUGCAUCUCGUUGCAAUCAGGGGAUUCUUGCCAGGUUUUUUUUGGAAGGCAGAGUUCUAAGGGAAAGUCAAAAAAAGAGGCAGUUAAGAAAGAGGUCUUUAGUAUAUUGUAAAUGUCUUGGCCUUCUACCUACUGAAGAAGAAAAUGAAGAACAGAAGAAUGAUAAGCAUUUAGGUUAUAUAUAUAUAUAUUUCUUUUCUUUUCUUUUUCAUUUAAAUGAUUAAAAUUGAAAAUUAUUGUCUUUUAGUUUAGAUAUUUAUUGUCUAUUUUUUUGUUCUUUGUGAAAUGGUGGGAAUUUUACCUCUGGUGAA